AUGUAAUUUAGAAAAUUUUGUUAAUUCUCAACUCUUUCAAAACAAUUAAUACAAGACACUGAGAGAUACUAUUAUCUAAGUCAUUAAUCUACACGAAGUCAUACAUUUCUAGAGUAAUUUCAAUAACAUAAACAGAAUUAUUUUAAUACACUACUUAAUUGUGAUGUUAAGCAAAUUACUAAUUGGAGAAUGUUAAUUUAAAAUCUUUUCAGAAUUGAAACAUAACCUAAUGAUCUUCUUAAAUAAAUUAUAAAUAAGUAUUCUGAAUUAUAUGGGAUUGAAGACUUGCUUAAAAUUAAUAAUUACAAAUUAACUUAAUUAUUAAUUAAUAAUCAUAAUAUAUAUGAUGUUCCUAUCAAUUUAUUAAAAUGUGAAGGAAUUGCUUAAUUUAUUGAGUAAUAUGAACUUUCACUUACUGUCUAUCGUCCAAUUUAAUUACAUAAGUUAUUUAAACAUUUAAUACUAUGUUAAAAACUUAAUUUAUCAGUUAUUCCUAUUCAUACAUUUAAUUUAGUUCAUUACAAUAUUGAAUAAUCUUAAGAAUUAGAAUUUUUAAAUGAAUUGGUAUUAUAUUAAAGAUCUAAAAGAUCUCAAACUAAUAAAUUACCUAAUGAAACUUGGAGUUUAGUAUUCAAUCGUAUUCUAUUGUAAAAACUUAAUGAAUCAAAUUUAUUAUAUACUUGUUAAUUACUUUAAUAAUUUGCUCAUUAAAAAAUUAAUAUUAAAUUUGAUAUCAUGAAUUUACUAAGACAUCUUAUUGAUGAAUUUAGGAUUCUUACUAAAAGAGAAUCUACUUUAUUAGAAAUUAUAAGAACAAUUAAUAUAUUAAAAGCAAAUAAAUAUGAUAUAUCUGAAUUAAAAGAAUUUCGUAAACUUUGUGCUAAAGAAAAAUAAUUAUAGGGAGAUAAAGAAUAUGACAUAUAUAUGAAUAUUGAGCAUCAAUCAUAAAGUAUUGAAUUAAUUGAUAACUAAAAUCUAAAUUCAUAUCUAACUGAAAUACUUUUAGGAGAUAUAUAAAAACUUGGAGAUAUUUAAAAAGUUGAAUUGAAGGAAAAAAUAUUAAAUAAAUUAGAUACUGAAACUGAUGAAAAUUCAUUAAAAAAAAUCAUUGUAGUAAGUAGAUAAUUGUGGCCAAAUGAAAUUUCCAUCAUUUAAAAAUGUGCCAAAUAAAUUAGAAAAUAACUUGCCAAUAAUGAAUAAAAUAAAUAAAUGAUUUCUCUUGCAAUCAAUGCUUUAUAUGAAUUUAAAAGAAUUCAAUAUCCUUUUCUAGAUGAAUAACUGAUUCAUUAUUUAGCUAGUAUUGAUGAUUUAUAUAUUAAUCCAUAAGAAAUCAGUGUUCUCUUGUAUUAUAUAUGUCUAUCUUUACCUAAAUUUACAAAAAAAGAACUUACAAAUAUUUAAUAAAGAGAUUAUCCUAUUAAUUAGAAUUUAAGUAAGAUAUUCAUUAAUUUAUUACCUGUAAUUAAAAAAAUGUGUUAAAAAAAUGCACUUAGAUUAAAAGUAAUAUACACUCUAGUAGAUUGUAUUUGUAAAUACAAAGAAUAAUUAGGUGAUAUAGAUUUGAAAUUUUUCUUUGAAAAGAUAGAAUUUAAUUUAGUUAACGAAUUAGAAAUUAAAUAAUAAUGUAGAGUAGCUGUUGAAUAAAAAGAUUUAUAAUUUUUAUAUGAAAGAUUUCGAUACUUAAAAGUAGGUUCCAGAAAAUUGUAUAGAUUUUUUAAUGAUUCAAAAUCAAAUUAUUUUGGAGCUAUAUAGAAAUUGCUUUAAAGAUAAAAAGUUUAUAUAAGAAUGAGACAAUCUAGAGGAAAAUCCAUGAGAGCUUAGAGAUCCUUUUGA